AUGUCACGAGUUUCUAAAGCUCAUAGACCCGUUGCGCUCGCCCGACUCUGGAGCCACCUCGAGUAUUUCAGUCCGUUACUCAAUGUUUUUACCAAAUACGAUCAUAAGAAACGAUGGAUCCUACCUACGGAACCCCCAUCGGACGAAGAAUGGGAGCGCUUCGAUAUCUAUGCCGGCUACGUCCAGAUAAUCGACGAUGUGGGCUACAUGCAGAGAUUUUCCGGUGAUUGGCAAACCUUUUCUCGCACCGGUAUACUAGCGAUCGCCCCAUCCUGCCUCAUCUCUCUACAGCACAUCAAGUUCCGUCUCGAAGGUUCCGGCUCCUCAAACGAACCCCUAGAAGAAGUACUUUCCAUUCUCGCCUCGAAUGCGACCAGCCUGUCGUCCUUGGAGAUCAAGGCCGACGACGAGGUCACAUUUGCAGUCGAGACUUUGCAGACAUUCAGCUCGUUGGAGAGCUUAUCCCUACGCACGGACACCCCCCUCGAAGCCCUCUCCCAUCUCGGAAACAUGGGACUUCAUCAUUUCGAAGUCAACGCCGAGUUUCCGCCCGACUUCGGCUACGAGGAAUUCCGGGGCAUGACUAGGACAAUUCUUGCGGGCGGCACGCAUCCCUUCCCUCCACGCAUAAAGCUUCGAGUCACCUACGACUACGAAGAAGAACAGCGCUCCUUCCCCGACGCGCUCGCUCCCAUCGCAGGCACGGUCGAGCACUUGACAGCCCUGAUCGGGGAUCCCGAGAACUAUCCUCACGAGUCCGGCGAUGUUCUAGAGAGCUUCGCGUCCCUCUCGCCAACACUCGCGCUCCAUCGGCUCGCCAGCGUUCACAUCGACCUCUCCCCAAACGUCCUCUUGACGACACCCACCUUGCCGACAUGGCUGCCGCGUGGCCCCUUCUCCGCAGAAUCCACAUCGCUCAAGGCUUGGGCUCCACUGCCGGCCCCCGGGAGACCCCGACGACCCCGACACUCUUCCUACGUACCCCACCGUCCGCGUCUGCGCAGCUUCGCGGAGCAUUGUCCCAAUCUGCAAGAGCUCGAGCUCUUCUCCGACAUCGACUUCAACGACGUCGAUGAUGCCCUCGACGACCUCCCGGAACCGCUGGGGCAUCGCCUCCAGCUUCUCUGGACGGCCACCGUCGACCCGGACAUCGAACUGGACGAAUCCCACCCUGCGCGCAUGGCCACGGCGAAGUAUGUGGAUCGGCUAUUCCCGCAUCUGGAUCUCGCGCCUGGGCCUUCCCCCAACAUCUGGCCCGGGCUUUUUGUGAAAAGGACGAGCGUUUUCUAUGACGUCGGAAAACUGCUCAUGCAAUUCCAGGCGGAAAGGAGGGAGGCGGAGGCCGCGUGA